AUGGAGAACAUGAUGCAGGGCAAUAAGAUCAGACGAGUUGCAGCUACUCGCAUGAAUGAGAGGUCAUCUCGAUCACACACGAUUUUCCGGAUUAUUCUGGAGUCGAAAGAUGCCAAUCAGAAAGAUGGACCUGUACAUAUAAGCUACCUUAACUUAAUGGACUUAGCUGGUUCUGAGAGAGUUUCUCUGACGAAAGCUGCUGGAAAUGUGAUAAGGCAACUAAGCGAGGGGAAGGAGUUUAUCAGUUAUCGCGAUUCGAAAUUGACUAGACUGCUCUCACAGGCUCUUGGCGGUAAUGCCAAAUCAUUGAUUAUCGGGAAUGAAUGUACAAAUUCAGAUGUAUAUGGAUCUGUAGUAAAACCUUUAGUCGAUUCCUUCAUGGAAGGUUUCAAUGCCACAAUAUUUGCAUAUGGCCAAACAUCUUCUGCAAAACACACACCAUUUGGGCAAUAA